GUCCUUUUGAGGAAGUGUCCCUGAGCAGCACAGCGCCAGCCUGAGGCUAGGCCACCUCAGGAGGGGACCGCAGGAGCUUGUGAAGCUGAGAAUGUCGGAGACCUCCGCACCUGCAUUUGGAGGCAGGCGAGCCCUGCCCCGAAAUACCUCCAAUGCUGCAGAGGAUGACCUCCCCACUGUGGAGAUUCAGGGGCUGACACCCCGGGGUUUCAACCUGCAAGACUACCUUAAUGUCACAAAUGUUCACCUGUUCAAGGAGAGAUGGGACACCAAUAAAGUGGACCACCACACUGACAAGUAUGAAAACAACCACCUGAUUGUACGUAGAGGACAGACUUUCUUCAUCCAGAUCGACUUCAAUCGUCCAUACGACCCCAGAAAGGAUCUCUUCAGAGUGGAAUAUGUCAUUGGUCGUUACCCUCAGGAGAACAAGGGAACCUACAUCCCAGUUCCUGUAGUCUCAGAGCUUCAGAAAGGCAAGUGGGGGGCCAAAGUUCUCAUGAGAGAGGACAGGUCUGUCCGGCUGUCCAUCCAAUCUUCUCCGGAGUGCAUUGUGGGGAAAUUCCGCAUGUAUGUUGCUGUCUGGACCCCCUACGGCAUUCUUCGCACCACCCGAAACCCAGAAACAGACACGUACAUUCUCUUCAAUCCUUGGUGUGAAGCUUUCCUGGAUUAUAGCACCUGUGUAUCAGGGGGUAUGUAUCUACAUGCAUUUCAACUUAUGCUGCCAGUUUUCCAGAGAUAA